UAAUAAGGACUUGGAUCUAGGCAGGAGAUCCCAUUCUCAGUUUUUAUUUGCAGUCUACUUUAGAAUCACAACUGAAUGCUAAACAUGUGUGUAUGCUUCUUGUAGGAAUUUUGCUGGGGGGAACUUUGUAAAAAUUUCGGAGAAGACUGUUCACAUGAGUCAAAGAAGAAAUGAAGCACGUUGUAACAUGGACUGUUUUGCUUUGGCUAGCAAGCGUCAGCCCUUUCACCAUUGGAAUGGCUGUUACUGAGAUGACAGGUAAUUCAUGCCCUAUAUUAAGGAGUAAAGAAAACAAUCUUAAACAAAACCAAAGGCAUAAUGUCGAAGUGACAGGAUUUGAUCUAACAGAAAGGUUUUUACUAAGGAAGGGGAUUGGAGGAGAAGAAAGGCCAUCGUUUAGACUGGGAAACACACACCUUAUAAAACAAACAGAGUUGGUCUUUCCUAAUGGACUUCCAAAUGAAUAUUCUCUAGUAGCAACAUUCAGACUGAGAAGAACCACUAAAAAAGACCGCUGGUACCUCUGGCAAAUUGCUGAUAAGAACGGCAGCCCACAGGUAUCUAUUGUUUUAGAUGGAAGUAAAAAAGUUUUAGAAUUUACAGCAAUGGGUCUCCUGAAGAACACACUCCAUUACACCUUCAAGAGUCGAGAUCUUCAGUCUCUGUUCGACCGGCAAUGGCACAAGCUGGGACUCAGCAUCCAGUCCAAAAUAGUUUCCCUUUACAUGGACUGUAACCUCAUUGAAAAAAGGCUGACUGAUGAGAAGGACUCAAUUGACGUUGGAGGCAGAACUCUCAUCAUGACUCGGAUUGAAGAUGGUAGGCCAGUUGAUAUUGAACUUCAGCAAAUAACAAUUUACUGUGAUUCGGAAAUGGCUGAACUGGAAAACUGCUGUGAAAUACAAGGUGCUACGUGCCCACCAAAAGUGCUCUCUGCCACAAUUCCUUCCCUGGUUACCAGUCACCUUCCCAGAAUGCUGUCACAGUCUGCCCAUUUAACAACUGACAGGUGUCAAUGUUCUGCAAACAAGGGUGAGCAAGGCUUACCAGGGAUAUCGGGACUGCCUGGUCAAAAAGGGGACAAGGGAGAAACAGGUGAAGAUGGAUUUCCUGGAAACCCUGGUAUGAAGGGUGACAAAGGAUCUGAUGGUACUCCUGGGAUAAGAGGCCAGGCAGGGCCACAGGGAGAAUCGGGACCUGUGGGUAAUAAUGGGAUCAAUGGUGAAAAAGGUGAAAAUGGCGAGAAAGGGGAAUAUGGUCCUGCAGGCAAACCAGGAAAAGAAGGUUUGAAAGGUGAUCCUGGCCCUCCUGGUCUUAGCGGCCCCAUGGGUGAAAAAGGGGAUAUAGGUAUUCCAGGUCCACCAGGUCUAUCUUGUCAAUCUGAAGGACUGAAGGGAGAACCAGGUUUACCUGGUCCAUUGGGAGAAAAGGGUCCACCAGGGCCAGAAGGUCAGCCAGGUUCACCAGGCAAGGAAGGUCAAAGGGGACGACGAGGAAGGCCAGGUGUUGCUGGGAGCCCCGGAUCCCCAGGACCUCCAGGUCCUCUGGCUGCAUUAACUGGAUCGGGAAGCAAGGGAGAAAAGGGAGACCAUGGAAAGGAUGGGAUAAAAGGAGAGAGAGGCGAUCCUGGUCACCCAGCAGAAACCGGUCCCCGAGGAGAAAAGGGGGAAGUUGGACCUAGAGGCCCACCGGGACCAGGAGAAUCGGGGGAGAAAGGACUCAAAGGAGAAAAAGGAGAUGCAGGCAUCCAGGGACAACAAGGACUAAAGGGUGAAAUGGGGGAGAUGGGUCCACCAGGCUCUAUUGGAAGUUCAGGACCAGAGGGUAAAGAAGGGCCACCAGGCCCUGUUGGGCCCAGAGGUAUCCCAGGGGAAGCGGGAUUACCAGGAGACCCAGGAGUACCAGGAAACAAUGGCAUGAAGGGUGAAAAGGGAGACUCUGGUGGGGUGGCAGGGCCUCCAGGACUCCCUGGUCCCAAAGGAGAACAUGGGAUUUCAGGGCUGGGAAUUCCUGGAAAACCGGGAGAAGGCACACCAGGACCUAGGGGACCUCGAGGGUCUAAGGGCGAGAGGGGUGUGCCUGGUGUUGCAGGAGAUCCUGGGAAGAGAGGACUUCCUGGAAUAGGGCAUCAAGGACCUCCAGGUCCCCAUGGUCCAGCUGGAGAACCAGGUAUUCAGGGGCCCAGAGGACCACCAGGUUUGCCAGGGACAGCAGGCAUACCUGGAGUUGAAGGAACACCAGGGAGGGAUGGGAAAGCAGGUCCCCCUGGUCCCCCGGGAGAGCCAACUGCACUGCCAAUGGUUCGAGACAUGGGUGCUCUUUUAAAGAAUGCAUGCCAUGUGUGCCAGUUGAGAGCACCGGGCUUGCCUGGACAGAAAGGAGACAAAGGGGUGCCUGGAGAGCCUGGUGCCGAAGGACUGGAAGGUGUGAAGGGUGACCCAGGAUUGAGAGGGCCUCCAGGGAAUCCUGGGAGAGAGGGCCCCAAGGGAGUUAAAGGGGAACGCGGAUUUCCAGGUCCUACUGGAGAAAAGGGAGAUGAGGGCUCUCCAGGCGUGCCAGGGUUCUCAGGUCCCACAGGUCGCACUGGAACUCCUGGCCUUAUGGGAAGACCUGGACCCCAUGGUCAACAAGGAACUAAGGGCGAAAGAGGCAGUGAAGGGCCGCCUGGCAGACCAGGACUUCCUGGACCUCCCGGCCAUCCAUAUCUUGAGGGAAAUGGCAUGAGCAGCCUCUACAAAUUGCAGGGAGGUGCAGGUGCUGUUGGCUAUCCUGGUCCCCCAGGUCCUCCAGGUCCAAAAGGCGAUGAAGGUUUAGCGGGAGAACCAGGUGCAAUGGGAUUGCCAGGACUAGAAGGACUACCAGGAGCAAAGGGAGAUCCAGGGGUUCCAGGUACACCAGGUGAAACAGGCUCACCGGGGAAGCCUGGGUCUCCAGGUACACCAGGACUCCCGGGGGAACCUGGGGAGAGGGGACCUGUGGGUGAGAUUGGCUUUCCUGGACCUGAAGGACCUUCUGGACCUUCAGGAAGACCAGGGAAAGAUGGGAUACCUGGCUAUGAGGGAGCAUCUGGUAGAACCGGAGACAGAGGAUCCAAAGGCGAGCGUGGGGAUCCAGGCAUACCUGGAGAAAGAGGUCUUCAGGGGGUACGAGGACGACUGGGAGACAAGGGGGAUGUGGGACCUAUAGGACCCAAAGGUCCACCAGGAGACAUUGGGAAUCCAGGGCCCUUGGGCUCACCUGGUCCUCCAGGCCCGAUGGCUGAUGCGGCUUUUUUUGAGGAAUUAAGAAGAUUUAUUCGAGAAGAAGUUUUAAGGGUAUUUGAAGAGAGGAUGUCUGGCUUUGCCCCACACAUGAAGUACCCAGCUGCAAUACUAGCUGCUCAUGGAAGACCAGGCCCUCCAGGCAAUGAUGGGUUACCUGGGCAACCAGGGGAGCCUGGGUCACCUGGACCUCAAGGCUACCGCGGCCAGAAAGGAGAAAGAGGACAACCUGGCAUAGGACUUCUAGGAGAUCCAGGUCCAGCAGGGCCUCCAGGCCCGACCGGGACAGGUCAUCCAGGCCUACCUGGUUCCCCUGGCCCUGCAGGCCCACAAGGGCCCCAAGGAUUGAAUGGAAGGUGUAACCCAGCUGACUGUUACUAUCCUGUAUCCAACCCGCGACGGAACGGAUAGGAAACUCACAACCAGUCUCAUAUUUAUUUUUGUAAAACAGCAGUACUUUGAAGAUUAGUUUAAAGUACAGUGUUGCUGUCUGUAGACUCUCCUAAGAGAGUCCUUUCAGAACAUUUUACAGUUUAAAUUAUUUAUUCAAUUUCUUUAGAGAUCUGUAUCUCUUUGUUUUUUUUUUUUCUAGAACCCAUCCAGACUGCAUUCCAUGCAUGAGUUUGUAUGUGAAGUUCCAUAUUCCUACAUAUUCUAUUGUACUUUUUUAUUGUUAUCUUCUAUUUGCAAUGUGCCAUGUUCCUUUUUUUUCCCCAAAGUUGGGGCAAAUAGCCUGAAUAAGCUAAGAAAUAUAAACACAGAAUUUUUAGUACAUAGGUUUUGAGGUGAUUCUUAAAAGGGUGAUUCCUGAUCAACAGUCUCCUAAAACAAUUGCUGGACGAAUUAAGACAGUAUGCCUUAAUUAACAGCGGUAUCGCUGGACGAAUUAAGACAGUAUGCCUUAAUUAAGUUGUUCUUUUCAUUUAGGAAAUCAUCCAAAACUCUAAAUAGUUUGAGUGUUUAUCAUUAUCAAUGCAGCUGGUUUCUAUCUACACCUGUGGUUGUGUAUUUUAUUUCAUUUACUGUCAGUCAGGUAUAUUGCAUGGUUGUGAAACAACUUGUUAUUCUCAAUUACUUUUGUGAUAGACACUUUUGGUAUCUGUAUUGUAGUUAUCCAUUUCUUUUUCACUAUGGGCACAAUGGACUCAGCGUCCAUCCGUUGUGCUGGAGAGAUACCGCUGUUAAUGCAUUGCACAGGUAAUUAACAUUGCUAUACUUUACAGUGCAUGUUGAACAUUUGUAUAAGAACUGCAUAUGCUGCUGUCUUGAAUGGUGUUAUGUGUAUAUUUGGGGUUUUAUCAGAGUAAAUAUUUCAACAUUGAGGACUUAUAAUUUCUGCUAUCAGAUUAUUUUUUCACAAUUAUUGAUUUAUUUGAUUUUUUUUUGGGACAGAUAUUUUAAAAUGGCAUUUGUCAUUUUAAUAUUUUAAUAAUUCAGAAGAGUACAUACUGUGUGUGUUCUGUUUGCAUUAGUAAUGGAAUGCAGUACUGUUAACUAUUUAUUUUCCAAACUCAUACAUUUCUUUUGUGAGUCAACUGCUCACGUCUUAAGGAUAGGAGAUUUUUACAAGAUAGAAAACCUUAUUUUCUUUGGCUUUACAUUCCCAUACAGCAAAAGCUAAUGAAGACAAAAUAGGCUUAUUCUGUGAAAUAUUCUAAUAUAAAGAUACACCUUAUAGUUCAACUAUUUAAAAACAAAAAAAAAAAGAAAAGUUUUGAUGGUCUGCGAGUCCCUUAUGAAAGUUUUUGCACUUUAUUUUGGCGUUUCCCAUGGUUGUACUAUGCAUUUACAAUUGUUCACUCUGGUAGUGCCGUAAUAUGCUUUACAAUAUCUUGCUGUUUGUUACAACACUUACCUUUGCUUUACCACGCUUUCCCUCUAUUUUAUUACACUUUUCUAUGCUUUUACUGUGGGGAAUGUUUAUAAAGGGUGUUAUAAGAGCUUUUUUUUCCUUUUGACUAGGUUCCAUAAAUUUGAGGUUUGAUGUGUUUACAUAUGACACUUCAGAAAUAUGCCUGCCACUUAAGACACUUAGGUAAAAGAAUUUGAUAACUCACGUUGACAUCUUCUUUACUGAAGGCAUCAGUUGUGGGCAUUGUUAAUGAAACAAUUAGUAAAACAUUCUGCAGGGUAAAUUAGAAGUAGAACAUUGUAAAAUAGAGUAGGCAGCCAAUAGGAUUAAAAUCUGUUUUCUUAAUUGAAGCUUUAAUUAGAGAUAUUUGAUUUAGAUUAAUGCCAUUUCAGAGUUUUAUUUUUCUUGGCAUCCGAUAGCUCCCAGGUGUGUCAUAAAUUAUAUUACAAUAUAAAUGUUUUCUGUCUAACUUUAGAGAAGGCUUGCUGGUAGAAAAUAUUAAAGGUUAUUUUUGCUGUCUAUUAUUCAGUAACGUCUUAUUAACUCAGUGGAAGAAAACCAAAAAAGGUCAGCUCUCAAAAAUUAGAAAUGAUUUCCUUUAUUUAAAUGUCAUUUAUUUUUAUUUUUUUUAAUGUGCAGUUCUCAGUCACGAACAUGUUUCGCCCAUAGGCUUCAUCAGCGUUCACUGAACCCAUGAACAGUUACAGUGAUGGUUCUGUAGUUACUGUAAAAACAGUGUAUAAGUUGCACCAGUGUAUAAGUCAGCCCCCCCCCCCCCCCCCCCCAC